AUUUUACACGCCAGCGGCAAUCGCCAUUAAACUUUUUAGAGGUCGCAUGUGCAUGCAUUCUCUUAUUUUAAAUUUUUUUAAUAAAAAUGAGCUUUAAAAAGUUGUCAGAGUUACAGUUAGCAGAGUAUUUGUUAUCAAAAGGAAUAUCUAUAGAUGCUACAGAAAAGCUUAAAAAUGAAGAAAUUGACGGGACAGCUUUUUUGGAGUUGAACGCAUUAUUGCUGCAUGCAAUGGGCAUCAAAAUAGGCCAGGCCAUUAAAAUUCAAGCCAUAAUUGAGGGAAAAAAGGGAUUUUUACGACUGAGUUGUUACUUGUGCACAAAAAAAUUUCAAUCCACUAAUGAUUAUACUUAUCAUUUAAGAAACACGCACCUGUUGUUUGAACCUUGUUUUUUACGAUGCAAUGCUGAUGGUUGCAUGCGCACAUUCACACUUUAUAAAGUGUUGCGUAAACAUUAAAAAAACUCAUAUGUGUCAUAAUAAUUUGAAAGAAGUUGAUAAACAUUCAGAUAUUACUAUCCAAAAUACAGAAAAUGAAUACUUAGCUGAAGAUUGCAAUGAGGUUUUAUAUUCUGAAAGUUUAACAAAAGAAAGUGUAGCAAAAGAAAGUGUUUUUAUUGCACCUAUUGUAGACGAGUAUGGUGUUUCACACGCAGCAUUAAAAUUUUUGAUGUCUCUGCAAUCUUCUAGUUCCAUUUCUCUAAGCGUAUCUCAGUUCAUAAUGGAUAGUUUAAAUGAGUUGUUAAAGGAUAUUAUUAAUUAUCUGCUUGCCAAGACAGACGUUGUGUUAAAAACAUGCAGAUGUGAUGCCGCAACAUUUAAUACUUUUUCAAAAGAAUUUAACAACUGGAAAAAGGCAUUGAUACUCAUUAUAAAAUGUUGAAUUAUCUUAUAUCAACAAAGCAACAAAUGCAGGUGUGUGUAAAAAAUAAAUUUUACCUUAUACCAAUUGAGAAAACUUUGAAAUUGGUUUUGCGACAACCUGAGACUUGGAAAAUUUUAAAAAGAAACAAUGAGUCAGCAAAUGAUAUAGCAGAAGAUUGGUUAGACGGUAAGCAUGGGAGACAGCUAAAAACAUAUGCCAAACAUUAUUUUCCUAACAGCAUUCAUGUAUUUAUUCAGAUUUAUUUUGAUGAGGUAGAGACAACAAAUCCGCUUGGAUCCAAAACUGGAAUACAUAAGUUAGGUGCAUUUUAUUUCACAAUAAAAAACUUUCCACCAGCUGCAAAUUCUGCAUUAAGCAAUAUUCAUUUGUUGGCCUUGGCACAUUCGGAAGACAUUAAACGGUACACCACUGAUCCUGUUAUGGAAGUUAUUGUUCAGCAAUUAAAAGACUUACAUGAUGAGGGCUUUACUGUUUUUUGUGAUGGAAAAGAGAUAAAUUUUCGUUGUUUUUUAACACAAAUUGUUGGUGAUAAUUUAGGGCUACAUGCAAUUCUUGGAUACAUGGAAAAUUUUAGCAGUGCUUCAUUUGCUUGUGACUUGUGUAUGGCAACUCAGGAUGAGAUGCAAAAAGUAUUUUGUGAAUAUUCUCUUACAAUGAGGACACAACAAUCAUAUGAGCAACAUAUUGAGCAGCUUAAUAAUGGUACCAUUUCAUCUAAAGAGUGUGGCAUAAAGCGUCCCUCAACUUUAAAAAGUUUGAACUAUUACCAUCCUGCUUGUAAUGACUCAGCCGAUAUAAUGCAUGAUUUGUUUGAAGGUGUUAUUCCGUUUGAAGUCAAGUUAUUUUUGCGCCACAUAAUUUAUGACUUGAAGCUUAUUAAUCUCCAUGGGCUUAAUUGUCGUAUUAAUACAAUGGAUUAUGGUCUGGUUAGUAACUCAAAGCCAAGUUUUAUAAGUGAGUCACAUUUGAAAAGUCACAGCUCAUUGCUUGGACAAAGGUCAGCUCAGAUGCUGAUUUUGUUUUUACAUUUACCAUGUAUUUUAGCUGAUGUUAUUGACAAAGUAGAUAAUUUAAAAUGGCGUUUGUACCAAUUGCUAAAACAGCUGACAGAAAUUAUUUUAUUGCCAAACUCUGUACUGUCGCAUGUUUUGUACUUAAAAGAUCUUGUAUCAGAGCAUCAUGAGUUAUUUAAAAUAUGUUAUCCUGAUAAAAGACUUUUAUACAAACAUCACAGAAUGGUUCACUAUGGUACUAUAAUAGAGAAUAGUGGACCACUUUUACAUAUGAUGGUAAUGCGGUUUGAAGCUAAGCAUAACUUUUCUAAGCGUCUUGCUCAUAUCAUUUGUAACUUUAAAAAUAUAGCGUUUUCUCUCGCAAGCAGACACCAACUUUCUCAUGCUUUUGUUUGGAUGACUAGAUGUCCAUUAAAGGGGAUUUCAGAAGUUGGAAAUGGUACAAUUAUUUCAUCGUCAGAUAUAAAGCAUAAGUCAUUAAUUUUACCUUUUAAUGGUGAAAAAAUAGAUGUGUUUAUGACUGAAAAAGUAGUCAUUUUUGGUCAAAAGUACCAAACUAAGAUGUCUGUACUUCACUCUAUUAGUGAUGAAGGUGAACCGUCAUUUGUUAAAAUUGAACAAAUAUAUGGACUUAAGUGGCUUGUCCACAUGUAUUGUGAUCUGACUCUAUCGUAUUGUUGUUCCUCGAUUCAGAGCGUGUAUGUUUGAGAGCAAGUGACUUAGCAGAUUAUAAACCUUUUGACGCUGUUCAUUGUUUAAAACCUACAUGUAUAUACAAGCAUAUUAUUUUACGUCACCAUUUGUAUCAUUGCAAUGUAUUAAAAUGAUUUUUUAGUUUUAUUAA